AAACAAGAAGGAUAUGACGGCGGAUUGAAGGAAUAGGGCUCUCCUCUUUGAUAAGCAACAGGGGUCGAAAUCACGAUAUUUGCAGCUCUCCUUCGAAGAAAAACGAAUUCAGUAACAAUCGACGCUUGAACAUAAUCAGCUAUGGGAAUCGCCGGAAACCUGAAUCCUGACCAGCUGGAGUUCUUCAACUCUCAAGGUUAUUUGGUUUUGGACUCUUUUUCCAGCGCCGAUGAGAUUAGAUCCCUUAGGUCAAGAAUGGAGCAAUUGCUUGAAGAAUUUGACUUUUCCAGCAAAGCUUCCAUCUUCUCCACCACCAACCAACAACAGACAACCGAUGAUUACUUCUUCGAAAGUGCUGAGAAGAUUUCCUUUUUCUUUGAAGAAAAAGCAUUUGGUGAUGAUGGGAGUUUGAAGCAACCGAAGCAAUUAUCGAUAAAUAAAGUUGGGCAUGCAUUGCAUGAACUUGAUCCUACAUUCAAGAGCUUCUCAACUUCAGAAAAAGCAACGGGUUUGUUGAGCUCUUUAGGUUACAAAAGGCCAAUAGUCAUUCAGUCCAUGUACAUUUUCAAGCAACCUGGAAUUGGUGGUGAAGUAGUGCCACAUCAGGACAAUUCGUUUCUAUACACCAAACCACCGACUUGCACCGGGCUGUGGCUCGCUCUAGAGGAUGCAACAGUCACAAAUGGUUGCCUCUGGGCCAUUCCUGGCUCUCAUAAAGCUGGCCUCGUAAGAAGAUUCAUUAGGGAUGAGACAGGUGUUCACUUCGAUAAACCUUCUCCAUCGUAUGACCAGAAAGAUUUUGUUUCGAUUGAAGUAAAGGCUGGCGCCUUGGUAGUCAUUCAUGGGGAUCUUAUUCAUCAGAGUUUCGAGAACAAGUCUUCAACAUCUCGACACGCAUACAGCCUCCAUGUGGUGGAUACUGAUGGAUGUAAAUGGGUCGAUGACAAUUGGAUAAGAAGAAAGGUAGAAGCUGAGCCCCUGUAUGCUUCCUGAAGUUUAUUAAAAGGCUGAAUUGCUUAACUUUUAAUAAUAAUAGCAAUAGUGCUGACUUAAUCUUACUUUAUCCAGUUAAAAUCCUUCGCGCUCUAAAUUUAUCCACCUUCUGAAUUGUUUUAUA